AGCCUUCUUCGUUUCCCUGAAAGUACAGGUGAAUUGGGACGGCAACAGUCUAAUUUGGAUUCAACAUCGUCGUCUAACGAGAUCGAGCCACCGACCACCCUCCCACAGGAGAUAUACCGAAGCCCUGUUGCUCAUAUCAUCGACAGAAUGGGCGUUGAGAGUGGUGUAGAGUCACGGAUGGCAGCUACAGGUUUUACGAUAGCAAACACGAUUUACUGCUUGCAAUUUGCUCCUUCUGCUCCAUCCUCAUUUGGCCCAUGA